UGGCGGCAGCCACAGGUGGUUAACAGCAGCACUGCACUGAGAUAUGGGUUAGGAAUUUAGGAUCGGGAUUGGAAAUUCAAUUGACAUUGACACGGUCUGUCUCUGUCCAUCUCAGAGAUUGAGAAUCCGACCGAGCAGUGAUGACUAGGGUUUGCCUUCACCUCCUCCUCCUCUUCUUCUUCCUGCUCUCAAUCUGCUCCACCUCCUCUUCUGCUUCCACCUUCACCGUCAAUCCGUCCAGAGUCAAACAGAUCUCAUGGAACCCUAGAGCUUUCGUCUACGAAGGUCUGCUGACGGACGCCGAGUGCGAUCACUUGAUCUCCAUCGCGAAAUCGGAGCUGAAGAGAUCCGCCGUCGCCGAUAACUUGUCCGGUCAGAGCAAGCUCAGCGAGGUCCGGACCAGCUCCGGAAUGUUCAUUCCCAAGGCCAAGGAUCCUAUUGUUGCUGGUAUUGAGGCCAAGCUUGCAACAUGGACAUUUCUUCCAAAAGAAAAUGGUGAAGACAUACAAGUAUUGAGAUAUGAACCUGGGCAGAAAUAUGCACCACACUAUGAUUACUUUGUCGACAAGGUCAAUAUUGCUAGGGGUGGACACCGCUUAGCAACUGUACUGAUGUAUCUCACUGAUGUGGCCAAAGGUGGUGAAACUGUGUUCCCUGAAGCAGAGAUACCUUCACGCCGUAAGGCUGCAGAAAUAGAUCACAGUCUCUCUGAGUGUGCAAAGAAAGGAAUUGCAGUGAAACCACGACGAGGAGAUGCCCUUCUUUUCUUCAGUCUCACCCCACAUGCUGUUCCAGACCCGAACAGUCUCCAUGCGGGUUGCCCAGUGAUUGAAGGUGAGAAAUGGUCAGCAACGAAGUGGAUUCAUGUUGACUCAUUUGACAAGAACUUGGAUGCUGGCGGGAACUGUGGAGAUCUGAAUGAGAGUUGUGAGAGAUGGGCUGCCCUUGGGGAAUGCACCAAGAACCGAGAGUAUAUGGUUGGAACUCCCGACCUUCCUGGCUACUGUAGGAGGAGUUGUAAGGUAUGUUAGAACUCACUUCGUGAUUUCCACGCGGAGCAUCAGUCGGAGGCUUCCUGUUCCUGUUGCGGUCAUUCACUAAUUUUUGGUGGAUUGUAAUUUUAUUUUUCAUUACAAGCACUUUUACAGACGUAUAUAGCUGAAUAGACCCUGUAUCUUUGUUAAUUGUAACGGUUAUAGCUUUACUGUUACUAUUUGAAACGAAAUUCAGCGAUAGAAACCACCAAAAGAAAUGUGUCCAUGUAUAUACUUGAGACCUGAAAUAACGACUUGAAGUUUUACACUA